AUGGCGCACACAGAGAAACCCGAUCCGUCUGCAUCCCACGUCGAAGAUGCUGCCAGCAUAGUCAAAGGAGAUUGCCCACCAUACGACAACUUUGCUGUCCUUGCAGAGGCGGCUGCCACCGAAAAAGCACUCUCGCCUCUCAAGGCUGCGCGCGUGUACUGGAAGGCGACGUUCUGGUGUCUGUUCAUGUGUAUGGGAGCCCUUCUGUGGGGAUAUGACUCGCAGGUCGGAGGUGGCUUGCUCAGUGUUCCUUCAUUCCGUCGGGACUUUGGGUUUGAAUCAGGUCCGGACAAUUACAUUCUUGCAGCGCAAUGGCAAAGCGCGUUCAACAGUAUCAGUUCUGUUGGUGGGAUGUUCGGUGGAUUAUCACUUGGUUACGUUUCUGACAAGUUUGGACGACGAGGCGCUGUCGCACUCUGUUGUGUUGUCUCCAUUGCAGGCAUUUUGAUCCAAUUCUUCACAUACCCUCACAAGAAUGCUCAGCUGCUCGUCGGUAAACUCAUUAACGGCUUUUCACUUGGAAUGUAUGUGUCUGGUGCUAGUUCCUACUGUGCCGAGGUGUCUCCUCUGGCUCUUCGUGGUGUCACCACGUCCUCGGUGAACCUCUGGAUUGAUCUUGGGCAAUUCAUGUCAAAUGGUGUUAUCAAAGGCACGGGUAACUGGACAUCUGCCUACGCAUACAGAUUGCCCUUUGCAUUGCAGUGGAUCUUCCCGGUCCUUCUGCUGAUUGGUCUGCCCUUUGCUCCCGAAUCUCCGUGGUGGCUUGUUCGCAAGGGUCGCGUCGAGGAGGCGCGCAAGGUUCUCGUGCGCCUAUCCGGUGAACACAACAACGUCGAAUUGCAACUUCAGCAGAUUCAGGAAACCAUCCGUCUCGAAGAUACAUUUGCGGCGAACACGACGUACGCGGAUUGUUUCCGAGGCAUCAACUUGAAGCGAACGGGAAUUGCUUGUAUGGUAUUUGUCUUGCAACAAGCCGCUGGUGUCGUAUUCGUGCUCGGCUUCAGUACCUACUUCUUCGAGCUUGCCGGCUUCGCGGAUAGCAAGGCGUUCGAUCUCGGCGUGGGCGUGACUGCUAUUGGUGUGGUCGGCAAUUUGUUCACGUUCUACACUGUGAACAAAUUCGGACGUCGAUUCAUAUUCAACUGGACGUUGUGCGCUUGUUGUGUCGUCCUGCUUGUCAUUGGGUUCCUCGCUAUCCCUAGUAAUAAUCAAGGUGCAAGGUGGGCGAUUGCUGCGUUGACACUUGUAUACAACUUCAUCUACCAGACGGGAAUUGGUCCUCUUGGAUAUGUCAUCUUUGCCGAGGUUUCCUCUGCCAAGCUGCGGUCAAAGACCGUCGGUAUUGGUAUCUUGGUGAACUCGCUUUGCGGUAUGGUGAUGAACAUCGUCUGCCCAUACCUUGUUAACCCUGAUGAGGCGAAUCUUGGAGGCAAGGUCGGCUUUAUCUUUGGAGGCCUUAGUGUCUUCGGUAUAAUCUGGGCGUACUUCUACAUCCCAGAAACGAAGAAUCGCACCGUCGACGAACUAGACGCACUAUUCGAGCGGAAGAUUUCGGCGCGCAAGUUUUCUUCGUACAAGCUCCAAGAUGAGGAUCUCGUUCACGAAGAAGCGAGGAAGUAG